AUGAAUCCUACAAAUGACGGCCCAGUAUUUGGGACCAUUUUUGACUGGGACUAUCUCUUAUGGGAAGUUCGUUUGACAUUUUUAGCUGCUGGUUUUUUAAUCUAUUUGGGAGUAUUUCUUCUGUCACACUGGUUGUCUACACGGAUAAGUACCACUUAUGGUGCUUUGUAUGCAAAGGAGAAGGUCUUUUGGAAUAUGGCAGUCACACGUGGUGUGUUUGGACUUCAGAGUUGUAUUGCUGGGUUAUGGGCUUUGCUCAUAGAUCCUGUUUUUCAUGCUGACAAAGUGUAUUCACAGCAAAAGUGGAGUUGGUUUAACUGUUUAAUAGCUGCUGGAUUUUUCUUGCUUGAAAAUGUAGCUGUUCACGUGUCCAACGUUAUUUUUAGAACAUUUGAUGUGUUCUUAGUAGUUCAUCACUUGCUUGCUUUUGGUGGCUUGGCUGGUCUAGUAAUUAAUGUGAAAUCUGGACAUUAUCUGCCUUUGAUGGGAAUGUUGCUGGAGAUGAGUACGCCCUCAACCUGCAUUUCCUGGAUGCUUCUAAAGGCUGGCUGUGCUAACACCUUUUUCUGGAAGGCAAACCAGUGGGUGAUGAUCCACCUGUUCCACUGCCGCAUGAUUCUCACUUACCACAUGUGGUGGGUGUGUAUUUUCAAUUGGACAUCUGUGAUAGAAAAUCUGGGACUUCUUCAUUUUAUUGUUUUGUUCUCGGGGUUAUUUGCUGUUACACUAAUACUUAACCCAUACUGGACGUACAAAAAAACGCAGCAGCUCCUCAGCCCAACUGACUGGAACUUUGAAAAUAAAAAAAUGGAAAACGGAAAAUUAAACGGUGAAACACCUCAGAAGAAGGGGAUAUAA